AUGGCGGGCAACCCCCAGCCCCAGUCGGCACCCAUGCUUGAUCCAGCCCGCACUGUUACUAUCAUGCCCGCGCGCGUCCUGUCCAUGAACGCGGCUGGCGGCUACGACCCCGAUGCCAUCACCGUGGUUGGUUCAAGGCCCGGCUCUUACAAGUCCAGCGAGCCACUUAGUCCCAGUGCAAGUCAAACAGACAAGGCCGUCGACAAUGCAGCCGCGUAUUGCGAUACCGGUACUUCGGUCGCAGCCGCGGAGUCGCAAGACAUCCCUCGAGAACACGCAGAGCCCCCAACUGGGGCGGAUAGCCCCGGAUAUCUUCGCAUUGCUAUAAUGAGAAAGAACAUCCUGUCCUCAGAGAAGAUCUUUGUACUUGUGUCGAUCCUCUUGUUGGCGACUGUACAAAGCCUGGACAACUUCAUGCGUGUCCUGUACCAGUAUGAGGUUGCCACAAGCUACCAAAGGAGCGGGAUGCUUGGGGCGCUCAAUACCGUUCCUACUCUUGUCGCCGCUGCCAUGACCCCAUUGAUCUCAAAGAGCGCAGAUGUAUUUGGCCGUCCGGAAACUCUCAUCGCCUCUAUCGCGUUCUACGCACUAGGCACUGCCUUACAAGCUAUGGCUACCACAAUCCAAAUCUUCUUGGGCGGCACCGUCAUUUGGGCUAUCGGUUUUCUGGGAGUCAUUUCAAUGUUUGAGAUCAUAAUUGCGGACCUUACAUCGAUGAGACUGAGAGUAGUCGUGUUUUACUUGCCCGCCCUUCCGUAUCUCGUGACGACCUGGUUCAGUGCCGUGCUGAGGAACGCCCUUGUCGAAGCCUGUCCCCCAGUGAAGUGGCGUUUCGCUUGGUCGGCAAUUCUGUACACCGUAUGCUCUGUGCCCUUGGUCAUAGGUCUGUUUACAAUCGAGCGCAACGCGAAGAAAAGACUGUCCCCGUCUGAGCUUGAGAACGCGAUGAGGAUCCCUGUUCGAGGUUGCGUCUCUCGCCUAUUCCUACGCCUCCGGCAAAUGGACCUACUUGGAUGGAUUUGCUUCAUGGGCAUCGUGGUAUGUCUCUUGGCGCCUUGGGCAUCGUUGCCGCUCGUGGUCCCACACCGCCAGGGAUACGGGUCAAGCCCCGCUACAAUCUCCAUGACUAUUACCGGGCUGCUCUGUAUCGUAAUAUUUUACUACGUGGAGAAGUAUUCAAAGUAUUCCAUGUUUCCAAGUCAGCUGCUUGGGGAAAAGAGAAUCGUGACAGCUCUCAUCAUGGGAUUCCUCUAUCAUAUGGCAUACUAUGUGCAAUCCACAUACCUUCUAAUUGCACUGGGAAUUCGAUACAACAAUAAUGACGACAAUUCGGCACACAUCGUGGGCCUGUAUACAUUCACUUCCACACUGGUAGGCCUCUUCAUCGGGGUCAUUAUCAGCAUAACCCGUGACCUCAGGUGGUAUCUUCGAUUUGGUGCAAUAUUCUACCUCGCCUCCUUCGUGCUCCAGUAUACUCGCGCGAGUGGAGCAGAUAACGUCAGCCAGCUUGCAGUCACUUGCUCACAAGUACUAUUGGGCAUCGCCGGAGGAUUAUUCCCAUUUCCAGCAAUGGCUUUCGUUCAAGGAGCGCGAGAUCAUGCGCAGCUGUCUACACUUCUCGGCGCUUAUAUGACGGCGUGUCGGGUUGGAAGUGGCGUCGGACAGUCGCUUGCUGGCGCGAUCUGGACGAACGCACUGCUCCCCAAGCUCCACCAAAGUCUCGAAUGGAUCGUCACCGAAAAUGAAAUCGACAUGAUGUACGCUAUGCCCACGGCCCAUGAAGAUCUGUACCCUUGGGGAUCGCCUCCCCGGGUGCCUAUGGUGGAAGCCUUUGUCCAAAGUCACCGCUAUCUAUGCGCCAUUGGCAUCAUAGCUUCUAUGCUCUUAAUCAUAUUGGCCUUCCUGGUCAGAGAUGCGUCCUUGGACCCACUACCGGAGGAUGAAGGCAUUGACCUGAAGCCACGGCAAGAAGACGUGCAGCUCAAACAAGCGUCGGAGACAAUAAUUCCACGCUCCCUUCGUCCCAGCCGCCAUCCGAUCAUCAUGUGA